UCUAAACUCCUCUCAGAGAGGAGCCUGGGUGCAGCUUGGAUCCACUCCUAGUCCCAGAUUUGGUCAACUGCUUCCAUCUAAAGGAUUGUGCAAUAUGUGCAAUAAAUUCUUUAUACGACUUAGCCAAGGUUUUGAGGCUGAGCACACUGUUAGUCACUUACCAAGAAUGUGUUGCCUCAAAGAAUCUCAGCCUCAGGAAUAACUCCCAGAGGUGUUCCUGCCUAAGAGGAGAUCCAGGCUGCGCAGCUCAGUGGAGGAGAGCCUGAACUCAGUGGUUUGGUUACAUCUGCACACCAGCCAGACAUCUGAGUCACCUCUGCAGGCAGCCCUUGGCUGUCACACUGCCACCCCUCCCCCUAAGUCCAGUUACACCAGAUGCCACCACAGCCCUCACUGCUGGUUAGGGAUUCAGAAGAGUGAGUGCAGGUUUAGUUAAAAAGUAAACUUGAAAAUUAUUUUUUGCCAACUGUGAAGAGCAUCUAUUCUUCCUUUGCCAUGUUUUUUUUGUUGUUGUUGUUGUUGUUUAGGUAAAUUAUGGAUUGCUGGAAGGGAGCCGUAAGCCACAGCUGGAUUUAUCCCACGGUGAUCAUCUGUGCAAAUGGAUUUUUCACCACAAUGAGGCCAUCAGAAUCUUUUCUCACCCCCUAUCUAACAGGACCAGACAAAAACCUAACGACUGAAGAGGUUACCAACCAGAUUCUGCCAGUCUGGACAUACUCCUACCUCGCUCUCCUUUUCCCAGUGUUCCUGCUCACAGACUACGUGCGCUACAAGCCCGUCCUCCUCCUGCAGGGCAUCAGCCUCAUCGUCACGUGGCUCCUGCUGCUCUUUGCACAUGGAGUGCUGGCCAUGCAGCUGGUGGAAUUCUUCUAUGGCAUGGUCACAGCCACCGAGGUGGCCUAUUACGCCUACAUCUACAGCGUGGUCAGCACCCAGCACUACCAGAGGGUCACCAGCUACUGCAGGAGUGUCACUCUGGUGGCAGCCACCGUGGCCGCCGUGCUGGGACAGCUGCUGGUGUCCCUAGCAGGCGUGUCCUACUUCCACCUCAACGCCAUCACCUUGGCUUCCGUGUCCCUGGCGUUCCUGUGCGCCUUCUUCCUGCCCAUGCCCCAGAGGAGCAUGUUCUUCCACAGGAAAGACGCCCCCGAGCCUGUGCCAGGGCCUGCCAAGGGGCUGCCUGUGAGUGCUGCCCGCAGGCCCUCCAGCUGCCAAGAGGAAAGGAGCCCUGAUCCUGCUGCCAGGGCCGCGGGCCCCCAGCCCCAGGCUGGCAAUGCCGGGCCCCUGCGGCACAUGCUGAGCGUGCUGCUGCAGCUGGGCAGGGACCUGAGGCAAUGCUACGGCUCCCGCCAGCUCCUCUACUGGUCCCUGUGGUGGGCUCUGGCCACGGCCGGCUUCAACCAGGUGCUGAAUUAUGUCCAGGUGCUGUGGGACUUCCGGGCCCCCUCGCACAGCUCCGCCGUGUACAACGGAGCUGUCGAAGCAAUAGCAACUUUUUUGGGUUCAGCAACAUCCAUGGCAGUUGGAUAUGUCAAAGUAAACUGGGAUCUCUCUGGAGAACUGGCUUUGGGAAUUUUCUCUGCACUGGAUGCUGGUUCUCUGCUUCUUAUGCACUUCACUGACAACAUCUGGGCAUGUUAUGCUGGUUACCUUGCAUUUAAAGCUUGCUAUAUGCUCCUUAUAACAAUAGCAACGUUUCAGAUUGCUGUCAACCUCAGCAUGGAGCGUUAUGCUUUGAUGUUUGGCUUCAACAACUUUGUUGCACUGGUGAUUCAGACGAUUUUAACUGUUGUUGUAGUAGAUUCAAGAGGUCUGGGACUGGAUAUCAGCACUCAGUUUCUCAUUUAUGGCAGCUACUUCACAGUCAUAACUGGCAUUUUCCUGAUCAGAAGCAUGUACACCAUAAUUUCCAUCAAAUGCAGAAAUACAAGUGUGGCUGCUGAAAGCACUGCCCCUUAACAACCGAGACAAAAGCAAUGGUUACAAGCAACAAUGCAGAAGUCUCCAUCAUCUGGACAACAAAUCAGGAGAAAAAUAAGUUCAAUCAAGCCAAACUGGUCCAGGUUGAAGCAAGCUGUUUAUGAGCCUAAUGCACAGAGAGCUUUGUCAACAGGAUGAUGCAUUUACUCCAUUUUCUUCACCAGCAGUUUAAUGCAAACAUUCCUCAAACAGUCUACUAAUUCAAGUUGAGUGAUCUGACAUACAAACUUCUAUUAAGGCUCAGUGAGCACAAGGACAUAUGCCUGAAUCUCACACCAUAAGAACUCAUAGAACAACCUUGGGACUUCCCCUUCUUCUGAGUAUUUCAAUUUAAGGCAAUUUAUUUACUGACAAAAGACCAUCAGACAUGCCCAGGGAAUCUAAAGCAGCUGAAACACACAAUGACCUGUCAGAAAAUUUGUCACAGAGGCCUUUGGAAAUCAUAAGGCUUUUUCAACUGGACAUCACAUCUGCCUUACAGAACUCAGGAUGGUCCUGCAAGUGUAACAUCUUCUCACACUUGUAACAGCUGAUGUUUAGGACUGAAGUCUAAUCUAGGAGGUCUUCAUAUUAAUAUCUGUAUAAUAGGCCUAAAGUUAUCAAGUGAAGUGCUUUGAUGCUAAAGCAUAAAAAUACAGCUUUUAGGCAGCUAUGCUAUUUGCAUGAACAAUUGAGGGAACAACUGCAGAGAUUUCCACAAUAAAAACAUUUAAAAUCAGGGAUGAAAAAUUCAUUUUGUAAAUAAAGCCAUUUUAAAACCUAAUUAAUGGUGUCAGUUUAUGCUCAAUAUACAGAAGACUCAAAACAAUACAAGAUCUUCAGCUUAACUAGAAUUUGACAAAGCUAUAAUCCAUGAACACAGACUAGAGAGGUGUGCUUGUGUAUAGUUAAAAGUUGCAAACUUUUUAUCUGCAGUUAAUUCAGUAAUGAAAACUAAAGUAUUCCAUUACUUUGACAGCAUAUUCUAAACUACACGCUUUGCAUACUUCAAUCAAUUUCAGUAUUUCAGCAGUAAUAUUUGGAUCAGAACAAUCUCUAUAGAUGCUGAUUUCAUUAGCCCUUGCCCAAAGCCUAAUUUACACCACUUUAAGUGAAGAAGGCACGGAAUUGUUGCUCUUUCAUAACACUUUUCAUCUCAUUGACAAGACAUCUCUUUGAUUUGAUCCAGUUCUCAGCACUCAGCAUUUUUAAGUAUCUCACAAGCCUACUGAACCCUUGCAGUUCCCCACUCUCCAGUGCAUUUACCUCUUACUAGCCAAAGCCAAGGCUGGGGAACAGGGAGAGUUACAACUAUUUACACUGUGCUGAAAUACAGUGGUGAGAGUAAGGGUGUCACUAAUACUCUGCAAACCUCCAGUUGCUGGGGAUUUCUUCAGCGAAUUCCCCAGAGAAUGUUGGGAACUGAACACCACACUGUUGAGCAGCCUCCAUCAGAAACAAAAGAGAGCCUUCAAGCCUGUUUUAAAUACACCAACAGGACAAAACCAGACAUUUAAGUACAGAAAACUUGCAGCUUGUUUUAUGAGCUUCCUAUCUCCUGCUUGGUAUCUCCAAAGUUUAAAAAACAAAAACAAACAAAAAGAAAUCACAACCCCCAUAGGCAGGCAACAAAAGUCAAAAGCAUUAACAUAAAUGUUUUUACAAGCAGAGGUCAAACCUUUCAAAUGCCCUAGAAAAACCUAGCCGACAUUCAGACAGUCAAUUGCAAGUGAAAUGUCUUACCUUGAUGAAUUUUCGUGUUUAUCUCAAAUGGACUCGCACGUCCUUUUUAAAAAAGGUCAAUCUCACUUUACUUAUUCCUGUUAUCCUGAAAGCUGUUAGAAUUUUAUUCUCCAGCUGGUCAGAAACCUCUAAGCUUGCAGCUUAUGUAUUCACAAUAUACUUACAUUAUUUGCUUAGUUCCAUUAUUGCACUUGAACUGUAGCCAAAUUAUCUGUUUAAAACACCAACUACUUUGAUGCAGUUAUAUUUUUCUUGAACCUUAUCACUGUUACAGAGGAAGACAAGCCAGACAUUUUCCCUCUACAAAUUUCAUGGUAGUAUGGCAGGAAAUAUUUCUGUAAAUUAAAAAAAAAAUUAAUAUUCCACAGGAGCUCUUACUGAUAUGUAUCAGUUUUUAAUAAAGAGGGCUAUUACAUCUGUGGUCCCUUGGCCUGCUCUUACACACUCUGUUCAGACCACAACUAAGGCUUGUUCAGAGCCUGGCAGUAGUUACCCAUAAUAAGGUGUCUUUUGCUGCAAACCUUCUCUCCAAUAAACUACCCUUCACAGUGCUUCCAGUGUCCUUCAUGAUGUACUGUAUCCAAACAAUCCAAACUUCACCUAACACUCUCCUGUGUGACAGGUCACUUCACUUGAGCUAGGACAAAAAGAAACACAUCCAAGUGAGGCAUGUGAAAAUUUUAAGCUUAGCUCACCUUUAAACACAUUGGUUUGGACACCUCAUCUGUGUACAAGACACAGUGUGUACAUUUUCAUCCAGUAAAUGUUACUGCACAGAAAUAAUGCUACACAGGGAUUUUUUUCUAAUAUUUAUUUUUUCACCUGCAAACUGUAGCAAAACAUGAUCAGCUUUAUUAUGCAGACAGGUAUCCCUCUAACAUUAGAGAUUUAGGCAUGUAUAAAUAGAAGAGCUCUUAGGAAAGGAAAACAUUUUGAGAAAUGAACAAACCUUCAAUUUAACUUCGUGACUUCCAAUACCAAUGGUUAAAAUGAUGCAGCUCAUUCAUUCCAAGAGAUACAACAGCACCUUAAAGUGGCUGAUCUAUUCCCCAGUAACAUUUUUCACAUAACAAUGUGUUAAAGUUACAAAUACUGAUAUGCACAAAUAGCUAUUUUCUAAGAAAAAUAUGUACAGUACUGCAGCAUAAUGAGUGUGGUAUCUGCAAUAACUUAUUAGCCAAUUUUAAUACACAUGAUACCGCUACUUUUUACCUGCCACUUCACAGGUUCAAGGAUGUUACCACAGCCCUCUGUUUUGCACGUUAUUACCUGGUGGGGGUUGGUUUUCUUGUUUUUUGUGUCGGGUGGGUUUUUUUUUUUCUUUUUGAAACUUUUUAAAGGUACACAAUGCAGGCUUUUAUUUUUACUUCUUAAAGACUUCUUUUGUGUUUAAAGCUAAUAUCAGUGAAACAAGACAACAGUGCAAGAGGCGCAGAGAUGUUAUGUGACCACAUAAGAGUUCUUUUGGGUAAAGUGUCUAUAAGGCUAUAAGAAAGGAUUGGUUGAUGAGCUUCCUGUUGGAAAUUGUCCUGUUGGUGCACCAGCC